AUGGAUUUCUCACUUAAUAGGAAGUGUGUAUCUUUGAAAGAAGAUGUUAAGAGUGAAGAAAUGUCUUUUACUAGCUCUGAUAUAACAUUCAAAGAGAAUAACCAAAAGGAAACAUGUGUGACUACAUGGUCAAAUCCCAAUUUUGUUAUCCAGGAUGCUAAUGAUCACCAGAAGAACAAUGUGAAUGGGGGAAAUUCGAAAUGGCAGAGAUCUGAUUACUUCGAUAGUACUUUUAAAGAAUGUGUAUUUGUUGGUUCUUGUAUGAUGAGUCAACUUUUGAGUCAAGCAUGUACUCCACAAACCCUAGCUAUAAUGAAUAUUAUUUCAAAAUCCUUUGAUAGUGAUAGGAGCAACCAACCAUGGUUAAUGGCUUCCUUUCCAUUAGUUGCAGGUUCUUUUAUUUUAAUCAGUGGUAGGAUAGGUGAUAUAUAUGGAUUAAAAUGGUCGAUGGUUAGUGGUAAUUUAUUCUUUGUCUUGUGGUCUAUUUUAAGUGGUGUAUCAAAGUACACUAGAAGUGAUACUUUUUUUAUUGUAAGUAGAGCUUUCCAAGGUUUAGGUGUUGCAUUUAUUUUACCAAAUGUUAUGGGUUGUGUUGGAAAUAUUUAUAUACCAGAGACCCAUAGAAAAAAUAUUGUUAUUGCCCUGAUUGCAGGGUGUGCCCCUAUAGGUGCCUUUUUAGGUGCUAUAUUUUCAGGGUUAAUAGGUACAAUGGAUAAAAAUCAAUGGCCAUGGUCCUUUUAUGCCAUGGCAAUUGCAUCAGCUAUAAAUUUGAUUUCGGCAAUUUAUAGUACUCCUAAAAAUAUUCCAACUAAUAUUCAUGGCUUUUCGAUGGAUUGGGUUGGUUCAGGUUUAGCCAUAGUUGGUUUAAUAUUAUUUAAUUUUGUUUGGAAUCAGGGGCCUAUUGUUGGAUGGAAUUGUAGUUAUAUUAUUGUGUUAUUAAUUAUAUCGGUGAUUGUACUGAUAUUUUUCUUCGUUUAUGAAGUAAAAUAUAUACCAUCUCCUUUAUUGCCUAGAGAAGUGACUAAAAAUAGGCACAUGAUUAUGGUUUUGAUAGCCUUAUUUACUGGAUGGGGAUCAUAUGGUAUAUUCAGUUAUUAUUAUUUUUCCUUUUUACUUAAUCUUAGGCAUUAUUCUGCUUUGUAUGCAGGAACAACUUAUUUCAUGUUUGCUAUUUGGGGUUGUAUUGCCUCUAUUGUGGUUGGUUUCUUUAUUAAAAAAGUUACCGCUGCUAUUAUUUUGUUCAUCUCAAUGAUUGCAUUUGUGAUAGGAUGUAUUAUGCUAAGUGUGACUCCAGUGGAUCAAAGCUAUUUCCGUAUGAAUCUUGGAACUAUGAUUAUUUUGAGCUUUGGACUCGAUAUGUCAUUUCCUGCCGCCACCAUUAUUUUGAGUGAUAAUUUACCCAUGCAAUAUCAAGGUAUGGCUGGUUCAUUAGCAAACACUAUGGUUAAUUAUUCAAUGUCUUUGUGUCUUGGUAUGGGUACAACGGUAGAGAGCCAGAUCAAUAAAGAUGGAUCUAGGUUGUUAAAAGGUUAUCGUGCAGCUGAAUAUUUAUCAGUAGGCCUCUCUGGUUUAGGUUGUGUGAUUUCAACCAUUUAUCUAUGUGAAAGGAUGUGGGCUCAAAGAAAAAAUCGACUUAAAGCCACGAAAAUUAUAAAUAUUUCUUAA